GUUGUGACUGAUUUGGUGCUUCCAGAUGUGAGUUAUCUGGUGGAAUCCAGCGAAGGGGCUCAGUCUCAGAAUACGGACACUCAGGGACACACUCUGCUGCUUUUUCUCUUUGUGGAUUUCCACAACGGGUUUCCAGUCCAGCAAAUGGAAAUCUGGGGAGUCCAUACUUUGCUCACUACUCAUCUCAGUGCCAUCCUCAUGGAGAGCCACAGUGUAGUACAAGAUUCCAUCCAGUUCACUGUGGACCAGGUCUUGGAACAGCAUCACCAGGCUGCCAAGGCUCAUCAGAGACUGCAGGCCUCACUUGCGGUGGCUGUGAAUUCCAUCAUGAGUGUUGUGACUGGAAGCACCUGCAGCAGCUUCCGGACAAUGUGUCUCCAGGCCCUUCAGGCAGCUGACACACAGGAGUUUGGGACCAAACUGCACAAAGUAUUUCAUGAGAUCACCCAGCACCGAUUUCUUCACCACUGCUCAUGUGAGGUGAAGCAGCAGCUGACCCCAGAGAAAAAGGAUUCAGCUCAGAGCACUGAGGAUGCACAUGAGAAGAGCAACCCGGCGCUCCUUGCAGAGACCAGCGGGCCAGCGGAAAACAAGAGGCUCACGAGGGGCCGCCUCCGCCAGGGCGAGAAGACGCAAGCUCUCCGCCCUGCCAGGGCCCCGAGCCCAUCGCAGGCCGCCCCGCGCCGCCCGCAGCCCACCGCGGCCUCCCUCACCCCUAGCGGAGGGGAGGCCGGCGCGACCCACGGCAGGGCCCCAGCGCCGGGCGCCGGUCCCGGGAGCGGCCUGGAGGACGCGCUGUGGCUGCAGGAGGUCUCCAACCUGUCCGAGUGGCUGAGUCCCGUCCCUGAUCCCUGAGCCGGUCCCCUCCCGCGAGCCCCGCCGCCCCGAGGCUGCGGGCGGCCA